AAGUCAAAGGAUCCCUUUAUCCCCAAAACACAAACAGACAGAAUGCCGCGUAACCCUGGUGCGGCUGGGACCCAGCACCGAUCGCCUCGGCGCUCUCCUUAUUGUGCCACAAUCCCCGGUAAAGUUACAAGAGAAAGGAACUACUAGUACCAGUAUCUAUAGUUAAUAACAAAAAAGAGACAUGACAGACAAUAACCAUAACGCAACCUUGCCUGAUACAGGUCUUGUAGGAGGCAAACUGGACGAUGAGAAUGGUGCCAGUGGUGAGGCACCACCGCCUCCUCCUCCUGCGACUGAUGGCACCCAGAAUGGCAAAGCGGGCGGUCCACCGGCGGCCAUCCGGAAUACUGCUGCCGCAACAACAACAACAACAGAGGAGUUUUCACCACCCAAAUUGAUAGUACGAAAAGGCAGCAAGAACGCCGGAACGAAAAAGGGUUCGAAACGAACGGAAUUCCCGCAAUCCUUUUGGUACCGACUGUGUCAGAUAUUUGAACGAGGCGCAUACAAAACCCAAACGGAAUUCUUGCGAAGUGCCGACAGUGGCCCCGAUGUGAGUAUUUUCCAUCGAAUGCAUUUCAGCCGCGCCUACAAAAAGUACCUGAAUGGUGCCCUCGUCAAUUGCGAAGAAUCGCGGUGUCGAAAACGAAAGUACGAAUGUCUGGAAAAACGGGUCAUUGAGUAUUGGACACUGCAGCAGCACUUGUUGGAUCAGGAGGAGAAACAACUGCAAGUAGAAGAGCAGAUACAACAGCAACAGCAGGCUCUAUUUUAUGAUGGCACUCCUGCUACGGCGUUUCCAACAGAGGAGUAUCCGCCACAACAAACAGCAGCAAAGAGAAGCAAAACAACCAAAAAGGGAAAAUCACCUUUGGCAUGGAGCAAUAUUCAACAAUUGGCGCGAGGAUGGGCCAAGGAAAUGGGCUUCGAUGAUGGCUUUCAAGCAUCCGCUGGAUGGAUUGACAAUGUUCUGAAGCGCCAUCAACGAGGAUUGGAAGCCCUCAAAACACGAGCAUCUCUGGAUGACACGGUGACGCAACGUCGAAACUGGGCCGAUUAUACGCAACGCAAGGAAGCGUUGCAACAAGAAUUGCAGCGAGCCGAUCAAGUUGCUCUGAUCGAUGCCAAAGGUUUGAGGGUGGGAGACCGUGUCAAUGUCUUGGAUGUGUCUCAUCGGCAACAGCAGCAACAGACAGGUGGAGGAGACUUGGUAAUUACACAAAUCCACAAACCACCACCAAGCCUCGACAACAACAACAAUAAACUCGGCAAGCGAACAGGCGAAGAACGAUCCGUGGAAGGUUUCACCUACGUCACGGUGGAACGGAAACGGCACGGAAGUACCCAAACAUUUCCCAUCCAGGAUGUGCGUCGAGUGGUCAAAGCACAAGAAGAGGACGUUGUCACUAUUCGCCAACUCUUGCAACCCGGGCUAGAUAGCUACCAGACAGCCGUGGCACACUUUCCAAAAAUGUCCUUGACAGGGGCGCGAGUGCUUCGACCAUUGUGGGAAGACAGCGACAAUGAGCAAAUGGAAGCGACAAUGACAACAAAGAUGCGUCUGCAAUACAGUGAUACUAGCUGCGCCGAAAAGAUCAACGUGCAAGCCUUGAGGAGUCAUGUUCUGCCCCAGUUUCGACGUGAUCAAAAGAACAGAACCAAAUUCCUAGAAGAGCUACGGGGCUUGUCGCAGAGAACCAAGGCGCAGCAAGAUGUAUUGGACAAGCUGCUGUACGCACAAAUGACACACGACAUGGCAAAGGACCUGCUGGACCUUGUCCAAGGCAUUCCUACGAAAAGUAAAAGUGUUGUCUAUCAGGUCGACUAUCAGCCGCUCGAUGCUUCCAUGCGUGGACGGCUCUUUGCGCUCCAUCCAGCGCCGUUGCCGCCCGAUGCAUCGCUCAAAUCUUACGCUCCUCGACCGCUCACGCUGCAAGCCAUGCCGCGAGAUCUUCGAAACGCUUUGGUGGCAUCCUUUGCGCAUUGGAUCAAGUGUGAUGAGAGCGACAUGGCAGUCGGUAUUUUGUGCAGUUUGGCAGGAAUGGCACAAGCUACCAGCUUGAUUCCGUCUUGGCUGGACUAUCGUCAGCAUGCGACGGCAUGGAACAAUUUCAUCCGAGGAGUUCAUGAUGGCAUUUCUCCAGCUCAGGCACAACUGCUGCCGAAAGUACUCUUGCAAGGAGGCACCUAUGAGACGUGGAAGCAGGCAAUGGAGGAACAGACGGAAAUUGCCAUGCCAUCAUCUACAGAUGAGAGUUUGUUGUCGCUGCAGACAUUCAUUGUGCGAUUGACAACCGAGUGGAGGGCUCUGCGAGAUCUUGUCGUGACUCUUCCACAAUACGCUUGGGUACAACUCGACAAAGCAGCACUCCUUGCAUCCCACGACUAUGCCCCUGCCACCAUUCCCAACAUCAGCAUGGUACGAAUUAUGCAAGCCUGCGAACGUGAGAUCUGGACGUCGGUGAGCAAUCUUGUCCAGUCUCAAGGGUGGAUCGUCAGAGCCAAGUUGAUUGACGGUCUCUUGGUGGAAGCACCCUCUUUGACGGACUCCUUUUCGUCGAUAUUGGCUCUUGCAGAGAAAGCUGUCAAGAGUCGUGGCUGGGGUGUUGGACUGGUGGAAGGCGAGUGUUAUGGAAAGUUUUCAGGGCACAACAAGGCACCCUUGGCCAUGCUACAAGAAGCUCGACGAGCCAUGGAGGAGUUACAAGAGGAAAUGGACGCUGUACGCACAGCGCAAGUCCCAAACGACAAUACCAUGCAACCGACUGCACAACCAGCCAUUGCGACGGCGGAGCAGGUUCAGCCACCGACUCCAAAUAUUCUUGAACAGAACACGGACCAGGGGCAAGGAAGUCGCCCCAGCGACGCACAACAAACAACCGAAGAACUGGAAAGGAGAGCCACCAAUGGAGACUUGCUCUUUGUGCCUCUCUAGGCUCUGGGCAGAUCAUUUGAAUUUCGGCUUGAAAAGGUUCAUGAAUCCUGUCAAGUCGAGUCAGUCCGGUCGCCUAAAAUGCACCGUUGACUGCUAAGCGUAGAAAAGCUCAUUCAUACCUGGAAGACCAAGCCCUAAAAAUGAUUACAGGGGCAGGAUCUUUCGUUUGCUAGUCUCUGAAGGGGCCAGUGAGAGAAAUGUGAGAGUUUUAAUAUCGUAGGUUCGGCUUAUGGAUUUGGUUGAUUGUUGACUGGUUUGUGUGAGGUCGCAGUCACGGGAGGGACUAGUGACUAUAGUAAAUCCACCAGAGGCCGAUCGACCCACUUCUGCCUUCUUUUUGCUGUCUUCUAUCCUAACUCCCUACAUGACAUUAAGAUUCAUUUUCCAUAGUAGAAUGCUACUUUGUCCACAAUAUUGAGAGGGCAUUGUCGAUAUCUUCUACUCCAAUACCUUGAAGCAACAAACACAAGAAUGGCAGAAUCGGUUCCAGGGUCUCAAGAAAAGCAGCCCAAGACAUAAUGAACAUGACCCUCUGUGAUUACGACCUCUGCAUACUUCUCGUUCUCUGUCAGAUCUUUGAACUCCUUUUCCAGCUUCCUUCCAGAUUGAUUCCGCCUUGGAUUGAGGGCCUGGAUGAUCCCCUCAACCUUCUCUUCCUCUCUCCGGAACCAGCUUUUUUCACAAGGUGUUGUUCUGUGUCCAGAAGGUCCUUCUCUGUCUUGUGGUGUCCAUUCCUAGCUGACACAGCAUAGAGCAUGUGAUCCUCACUGUCACCCUUGAAGCGGACAGGCAGGAUCAAGUCAUGGUGGGCUGACUUAUGCUCCCAGUUUGCAUGAAUUGCUUUUGAAUCAAAUCCUCGUUCGUCAAGUAUCGCCUUGGUUGCAAACACCUCCUUCUUGGCAUUUGCACUUAUGCCAUUAACAAGGCACACCUCGACUCUUUUGAGGGUCUUUAUGGCAGCCAAAUUCUCCUCUUGUUGUGGGAGCAAUUCGUCCAAGCCGAUGUAGGUGUUUCCGGGGUCUAGCCCCUUCAUCCAACACAGGCUGAAGAAACGCGCCACCAGUGCACUGGCGAAUGUCUUUUCCCAUGCAAGUCCGCUUGAUGUAGCAGCAGCACAUUUGUAGAGCUGCUGGAUGGUUGGCAGAAGGUCAUGCACAUUGAACUUACAUU